AUGUUUUAUCAACAAGACAUUGAUCUUAUGCUUCGGAAAAAACCUGUGAUCUCCCAGAAUGACUAUUGGAUUUGGAAGUAUAACAGGAGCGGUGACUAUUCAGUCAAAUCUGGGAAUCGGCUAGCUAACAGGGACAAGCAUCAGGAUCUGAUCAGGGAAGCGGCAGCUCAACCCUCUCUCAACGGUAUCAAAGAUGACAUAUAG